AUGGGGUUAUAUCUUUGUUGGAAGAGGCAGUGGCUGGUGGUGUUGGAAGAUGCGAUGGCAUCAUCUUCAUCUCCAAAGGAUGUGCUGAGCCUCUUUGCAGCAGAAGAAUAUUCGUCCAGGCACUCUUUGGUGGACUUUAGGGUGAAGCAGUUCGCGUAUGCUUGUAUUCAGGCUGUUCACCAAAAUAGGAAUUUGUUGAAGGAUCAACUGUUAAUUGCAUCUGAGGAAUCUGGAACACCAACAAUUCUCUUGCUAGAGGCGGUAGUUUUGUUGACUGAUCCUAGACUUCCAUGGGCCUGUAAGAUUGUCGGAUAUCUUUUGCAGAGAAAUAUAUAUGUGCUGCUUAGAGAUAUUGUUCUUACAGGGAAGAGAAGUAUGAACCUUCAGGGAUUUGUUGGGAUAGUAUCAUCGUUGGAGCGCAUUCUUGUCUUGUUUGCAUCUCAUGUUGGUCAACCUCCAUGUGUCUGUCAGCCCAUUGACCCCCAAUGGAGUUUCUCAUCCUUGAUUCUUACGAUUCCUUUCUUGUGGAAGCUUUUUCCAUAUCUAAAAGAGGUUUUUGGGACACGAGGUCUUCUUCAACAUUAUAUUCAUCAGAUGGCAUUAUGUGUACAAAAUCAUGCUAAUGUUCUACCAAAUGAUAUAUCUCCUGAAUUUCCUGGUUAUGCUUGCCUUCUUGGAAAUUUGUUGGAAACUGCUGGAGUUGCUUUUGCUGAGCCCGACUGCUCAUUUGAUUUGGCAAUAGACUUUGCAGCUGUUGCAACAUUCUUACUGGGGGCACUACCUCCUAUCCAAGUAUCAAAUCGUGGAAAUUUCACCAUGGGAGAGGAUGAUAUGAUUGUAGGUGAUGAACUCACAGAAAAAGUUUUGAAUAGGGAUCUGGAACAACAGAUUUCCAAUGCAAUAGAUCCAUCCUUUCUUCUACAGUUGACUAAUGUUUUGUUUGGAGGGUUUUCAUGCAUCAAUGGGUCAUAUAAAGGAAGACCUAAUGAUAAAGAUGUCGCAGCUGUUGGUGCAGCUUGCGCUUUUCUGCAUGUGACUUUCAACAUUUUACCCCUUGAGCGAACUAUGACUGUUCUAGCUUAUAGAACAGAGUUAGUUCAUGUGCUCUGGAACUUCAUGAAAAGAUGUCAUGAGAAUCAAAAAUGGUCAUCCUUGACUGAGCAAUCAAAAUAUUUGCCAGCAGAUGCCCCGGGUUGGCUAUUACCUUUGGCAGUUUUCUGCCCCGUGUACAAGCACAUGCUUAUGAUUGUUGAUAAUGAGGAGUUCUAUGAGCAGGAGAAACCACUGUCACUAACGGAUAUCAGCUGCUUGAUUGUUAUCCUUAGACAGGCCUUAUGGCAGCUCCUAUGGGUGAAUCCAGUGCCGAUCCCUAACUUUGUGAAGUCUGCAAGCAGUGUCUUUGCUCUGAAAAAGCAUCCUGUAGAAUUUAUUCAGUAUAGGGUUAGCAUUGUAGCUUCUGAGCUUCUAUCACAGUUGCAAGAUUGGAAUAAUAGGCGACAAUUUACACCCCCUAGUGACUUCAAUGCUGAUGGUGUCAAUGAUUACUUCAUUUCUCAGGCUAUGAUAGAAAACACUAGGGCAUACGACUUACUAAAACAAGCUCCGUUUUUAGUGCCAUUUACAAGCAGAGCUAAACUAUUUAAUACCCAGUUAACUGUAGUGAGGGAAAGGCAUGGGUCUCAUGCUGUAUUUACAAGAAACCGAUUCAGAAUAAGACGGGAUCAUAUUUUGGAAGAUGCCUUUAAUCAGCUGAGUGCGUUAUCAGAACAGGAUCUUCGAGGACUGAUUCGUGUUACUUUUGUCAAUGAAUUUGGAGUUGAGGAGGCUGGUAUUGAUGGUGGUGGGAUUUUCAAAGAUUUCAUGGAGAACAUUACUCGAGCAGCUUUUGAUGUACAGUAUGGAUUAUUUAAGGAAACAGCUGAUCACCUGCUCUAUCCCAAUCCUGGAUCAGGAUUGAUACAUGAACAGCAUCUCCAGUUUUUUAAUUUUCUUGGAACUGUUCUUGGAAAGGCAAUGUUUGAAGGUAUUCUUGUUGAUAUACCAUUUGCAACAUUCUUUUUGAGCAAAUUAAAGCAGAAGUACAACUACUUGAAUGACUUGCCUUCCUUGGAUCCAGAAUUAUAUCGCCAUCUGAUUUUCCUGAAGCAUUACGAGGGUGAUAUCUCAGAGUUAGAAUUGUACUUUGUUAUUCUUAACAAUGAAUAUGGGGAGCAAACAGAAGAAGAGCUGCUUCCACGGGGAAAAGACAUACGGGUUAAUAAUGAGAAUGUCAUCACAUUUAUUCAUCUUGUGGCCAACCAUCGUUUGAACUUUCAGAUACGUCAACAAAGUUCUUAUUUUCUGAGAGGGUUUCAACAGCUUAUUCAGAAAGAUUGGAUUGACAUGUUUAAUGAGCAUGAACUUCAGCUUCUUAUAUCAGGAGCAAUUGAUGGCUUUGAUGUUGAUGACCUUCGAUCUCAUACAAAUUAUGCAGGUGGCUAUCAUCGUGAGCAUUAUGUUAUUGAGAUGUUUUGGGAAGUUAUCAAACACUUUUCCUUGGAAAAUCAGUGCAAAUUUUUGAAGUUUGUGACUGGGUGCUCUCGAGGACCCCUGCUUGGAUUUAAAUACUUGGAGCCUUUAUUUUGCAUACAGAGGGCUGCUGGUAGUGCUUCUGAAGAAGCUCUUGACCGGUUACCAACAUCGGCUACUUGUAUGAAUCUGUUAAAGCUUCCUCCAUACAGAAGCAUAGAGCAAAUGGAGCAAAAAUUGUUGUAUGCUAUAAAUGCUGAUGCUGGUUUUGAUUUGAGUUGA